AUUCCUUGCUAUCGAGAGUUUUUGAUGAAGGGCAUUCCAAAUCAAAACAAGAGGACUCGUUGCCCACCUAGAGACAAAUGUAGGCUUUUUUUGGGUUCUAUGAGAGAGGCUUGUCAGCAAAGGAAGAUGAUAAUCAAUGAGCACAAGGGCAGUUACAAAUCGAAGUCUCCAAGGAGGAAGAUAAUGAUAACAAUGCAAGAAGGGCACGGAUAGGGCACACAAAUGUGCCAUGAAAAGGUCACACGAAAGGUGCAAAGAGUGGAAAUUGUGUGCAAAACAACAAAGUGAGGCAUGAUGGGGAAUGCAGAGGAAUGCACGAAUUGAGCCUAUGCACAAGAUUUUCAUUGGAAGGUCCAUUCAAAAAGCCUGCAACUUCGAUCAAUGGCGUGCAAUUGAAGAAAAAGAUAGAGUUGCAGACUGUCCAUCCAUGGCCUCGAGCCAUGAGCACCCAUUCAAUUAGACCAGAUUUAUGCAGAAGGGACCUCAUUCCUUUUCAAGAUCAUCAUUGUAACUGAAAAGAUAGGUGGCAUGGAGUUUGUUUUAUGGGUAUGCAGAGAAAGACAAUUCCCAAGUGUUUCCAACUCUCCACGUACAAUACCCACCACAGAUUACAGAACAUAAACAAACUCCAAUUAACCCAACAAAUGGGGUCGCUUCUGCCACGUCAAAAGCCUUGCUACAGUCUGGAAGCCCGAUGACGUGGCAUUCACGCCACGAUUUCCUCCCCUUCUCUCUUCCACCUGCUCAGCCAAAUCACGAGAAAACGACAUCUGAUUUGAUAUAUUCGUUUACCCCUGACGGUGCAAUUAAAUUCAUCUUCCCAAAGCCGUGAUCUCUCAACUGCGUUGGUAUAUAUCUGCAACUCUGGUCUUUUUCUCCAUAUUGAUUUUUACUUUUCUGCUUUGAAAACAGCCGGGAAAGAAGAACAAUGAGCCGGAAAACGCCCUCCAUUGAGAACGAGCCCCGCACUCUCAACGAACAGGAACUGCACUCCGCCAGGGAAGCGGCGGUGGAUAUCCUGCAGAAAAAAGAGCCAGCGGAGGCUUCUGACAUUUUUACCCAGGGAUUACAACCAAUUCAACUUGUUCGAGAGAUGGAAAGAAGAGUACAAGGUCAAGAGCAGGGUAUCACCCCUUUGCAAUGUAGUAAUUGUCAAAGUGUAGUGCGUGAUGUUCCUCCAUUGCAUCUACAUUAUUGUGAAUGUGAAUGUGCUCGAAAUGUACGAACACCAAUUGAGGGCCCCUCUUCCGCUCCUUUUUGAAUUUUAUUUCCUAGCAAGAGUUAGGUUAUCUUGGAUUUGUUUUGUAUGUAAAUAUACAAAUAUUUUUUUAUCAUACUACUACAGUUCUUUGGAAGGACCAA